CCGUACGGGCCCGUGGAAGCCAUCCAACUUCCGCCAGCGCCCAUGCAGCGUUUGCUGGCAAACCGCACCCUGGCAUCCAUCGUGACGGAGUCCUUCGACACCUCGGGCCCCCGCGACCUGAGGCAAUUGGGGAGGUUGGCGCUCACCUGCAGCCAGUCCCUGACUGUGCUGCUGUCCACGCGCGCGCAGUUCCAGGCGUGGCUGCGCCAGGUGCAGAUCAGGGCCGCGGAGAGUGGCGUAUCCGAGAGUCUAGUCGAGGAAUUCUGGCGGGGCUCGCUGGGGGACGUGCUGUGCGUCGUGGGCACGCUCCGCUUCCCCGGCGAGCAGUUUGGAAAUUGCAGGCUUUUCUCGGACCUCGUCGAGAGCUUGGAGCGGGCUGGCGAGGACACGACGACCCUGCAUGCGGUCGUCGCUUCCCCUGCCUCGAGUUCCCGCGUGUGGGCCCCCCUGCACUCCCGCUCCGACCCGACGAGCACGGAGUCGCUGGUCCACGAGGUGAUCUUUCCCAGGCUGAUGCUGUCGAUCCGCGACGCGCUUUACUGCCACGUCUUCGUUCGCAGGCUGAUCGAGACGCGAAGCAUCGGGCUCCACUUCUUGGACUUCCAGAACUGCUGGACUCAGUACGUGAAGGACCGCCUGAAGAAGUUCAGUAGCUCCGAGGCGGUCGCAGUUGGGGUGUACACUCGAGAAAUGAUGAAAUACGUGGUUAAGUUGCGAGAGAACAGCGACGCGUGGUUAUGGGAGGAGAACCCAUGUUUCGAGAGGCACUAUCACCUACCGGAACUAGAAGAGCCGCGACGGUACGUGACCGCUGAGGACUUAAGAAGGGCGCACGGUAAGUGGGAAUGCCGCCUCGCAGCUGGAAUCAUCGAGUGUGUUCGGAUGUCGCCGCCGCGCAGGCGCAAUGCGCUUGUGUUCAUGACGGAGUGCAUCGACGCAUUCCCCGCGACUCAGUCUUAUGCCGACCAGCUUCGGAAGGAGCUAGCGAGCAUCAGAGACCGGGUGUCGGAACGCCUCGCAGUGAAGUUGCUGUUCAAGUUGCGGGGACGAGAUGCGUAUCUGUUCAGCAAUGCACCCAAAACAGAGACAUCAUUCUUCUUCUCUGACUGUCCGCUCAGCCCUCUGCAGGGGUUUGGUUCCUCGGUGUCCCUGCCCCUUCGGACGGCGUGGGGGGGAGGAGGACGGGAGGAGGCGGGUUGCGAUAGGAGGCGUCGGACGGCAACGCGGCUGCUGUGA